CAGUCCAUACCGGAAACUGCACGCAUCGAUUUUAACAAUCAUCUCUUUGCUCUUAGAAACGUCUAUCAAACGGACAAAACGCUUUAAAUUUAAUUAUGAAACAUUUCCCUUCAUAAAUGUGUUUAUUUGUCACCAUUUCUAUGGCGACCUAACCGAAAGGAAACUGAAGGUUUAAUGGACAAAAACAACACGACGACGUCAUCUUUGUCGUUUGGACACUAGAUAAUCUUGACCCAAACAAACAUGGCGGGGUCAGCGGGAGGGCGGCGGUCUCUCUCCCGGCUCACCUAGCUGGGUUCCCGGGGACAGAGGACACUUGGGCUCCGCUCGGAACACCGAGUACCACACUGCUCUCGACCUUGACGACGUCGACAUGGAUUUGACGCGGUUGGCCGUGGACGCUGGCCAGUUUAUCAACCGGGCUGUCCAGGUCAAAAUUAAAAAAAUGUUGCUAAUUACACGGGGGAGAGUCUUGGCCAGGUGGACAAGACCAACUUGGACCCCGACCUGGAGGAGCUCCUGACCCAGGUGGACGCCACCAAAACCUGGACGGACCUUAUCGUCUCAGAGACGGAGGCCAUAUUGCAGCCCAGCACAGGUCAGCUGGAGUCUAUCCCGGCUGAUUUUAGGCUGGACUGGUCACAGGGUACUCACAUUCUGUACUUGCAUUCUUCAAGGCCUUGUUCCAUAGACCUUCGACAUGAUGUCACCCCGUGAGGGGGAAAAAAAAUCGCAUGGUGUGAGAUCAGGUGACCAAGGAGCCCUUUCCGAAGUCUAUGGAAGAAGGCCUCGGGGUCUCGCAACGCUUGAAGAAGCGGCGCGGCUGGAGGAGCGACUGUACGAGCGUUUGGACUGGCCACCUCCGGCUCGACCUCGUGCUCAAGAGCUCCUGGGAGACCAGAUGAUUCAGGCCGGGCUGGAGAUGGGAACCAGCAGCCCGUAUGGAACGUCACUGCUGAGGUGCGGCGAGGCUCAGAAGCAGCUCGGCGAGGCCCAGAGGAAGUUUUCCCAAAGCGCCAACAUCCAUUUCCUCAACCCUUUGCGGCGCUUCGGCGAGUGUGAAUAUAGAACUAUGCAGGAGGAGCGCAGGAUGUUGCUGAACAAGCGUCUGGACUUGGACAUAGCUAAGAGCAGACUGAGGAGAGCUCACGAGGCCGAACGAGAGUCCAGGAACCUGAACGCAAACCCGAUGGAGGACGACUACUUCUCUUCUCACGUGUCCUAUGUAUUCAGAUUCAUGCGUGUUCACUGGAUGAAGAUGUGGGCGCAGGAGAUCUCUCAGGCGGAGAUGGAGCUGAGGAUCUGUGAGUCUUUGUUCCAUCGCCAGUCGGAAGUCACAAGACAGCUUCUGGGAGAAAUUAGCAACACACGCGACAAGCACAUGCAGAGCCUGAGCGACUUUGUGGACGCGCAAACAUGUUACUACGCUCAGUGCAAGCAACACGCUCUGGAGCUCCAGAAACAGCUGGCCAGCAUUCCGGCGGUGUUGUGCUCUAACAAGUGGCAAACGUCGGUCAGCAACGGAGCGCCUCAUAAUAAGCAGCCUUGUGCAGCGCAAAAUCGAGUCUCUGCCGCCUCCGCCGUCGUCGUCCACCACCUUCCGGAAUUUGACCAAGACUCUUGGACGACGGGAGCGAGCGGUAACAACAACAACCAGGAGCCUGAUCACGCCGGUACAAGAGCAGAACAAGAACAUCCUCCAUCUUGUGAGCCGACGUCUCCCAACUAAUUCUCACGAAUCUCUUCCAGUCCAGGUUUUUAACCCGUCCGGACGGGUCUGUGAAGACUAAAUUGAUCAGGGAUGGACAAACGACGACUCGUGGGUCACAUGCAGUACAGCGCGCACCGUUCCUAGCUAGCAACGAGCGGGAUGCUUUAGAUCCUUGCGUUGUAUUGCGUAGGUCAGGGGUGUCAAACUCAUUUUAGUUUAGAGGCUACAUUCACCUCAAUUUGAUCUCAAACGGGCCGGACCAGUACAUCCCUGGCAUUGUAAGCUAUCAUUUAAGUGGUAAGUGCUCAUUUAAGUGUUUGUCAGUGCGACCUCCAGUGGACAAAAUUAGCAACAACAAUUAGUUUUCUUGACAAACUCCAGUUAAUGUGUUCUCUAUCCCCACGGGCCAAUUUGGGCUGUACGUUCGACACAGCGUGUGUGCGUUUGUGUGCGUGUGUCUGCUCAUGUGGUUUGGAAGUUGAAUAAGGUGAAGUAGGAUCAUUACAUAAACUUCGACACGCUGUCACGCCCUCAGUGGUCCCAGUAGGUCAAAUGGGUUCCAGUUUCCACAUCCAGAUGUUGUUCAUUUUCCCCUCGUAGAGGCCAUGUUGUGUAGUAUGUAAUGGGGAGGGGGCAUAUAUGGAAACAUACAUGAUGUAGUUGAUGACAUCAUCAUAUAAAGGACUGAAGGUGUGCGUGUGCGCUGCCUGUAAGUGGCACAAUCUAGCUGAUGUCACUGCUGAGCUGGCAUGUGUUUAAUGUGGAAAUAAUUAUGCAAGCAGUGAUGUGGAGCCCCCAAAGUGGAAUUUAUUUAUUUAUUUAUUUUUUUAAUACAUUUUUUUUUUGCAAAUUGUCCCAACAGUUUCUACAGGAUGUUGAAUUUCGCAAUUCACACGUUCGGUCAUGUUACAGUGCAACAUUACGACCACAUGCGUAAUAUUGCUUAAAUGCAGCAGUUCUAGAAGGGCUGUUUAUUAGUUAACAUUAAUAAGCAAACACAAAUUAGGUUUUUAUUUAAUCAGUGAUUUGACUCCGCCAACACAAAUAGCAGCAAACAGUGACGUCAUCAGGGUGACAUGCUAACUAGCUAACUAACUGUCUGUCAGCGUCAACACUGACAAUGAUAACAUUAGCAAUGAAUUAAUUGUGUGGAAUUUGCUUGUUGAUGAAUUGUCUUGAAGCCAUGGAUUAAAAAACAAAACAAAAAGUGUCAUACUUGUUUUAAACCUGCAGUGGCGCUAUUGAGUCACACUUGACUAGUUUACUGUUUGAAGAACGGGGACAAUUGUGACGUCAGCUACGUCAUUUGACGUCUGUCAAAUGAAAAUCUGUGGCGCAAGACCUAAAUUCUUUACCGUUUGACACCUGGCGUGGAAACAGGAGUUCAGAACAUUGGGAGAGCGACAAAAAAGACAAAAAAUAAUUGAAUUUGAGAAUUUGCCCGAUAGUUAAAGAAAUAUAAUCCAAUGCACUGGUUCACUAAUGCAGUGGUUCUCAAACAUUUUACGCCAAGUACCUGCUAAAAAGAUACUUGGCUCUCCAAGGAUCACUAUAAUGGCCAAUAAUAAAAUGCUGUAGCAUAGUAGGCCUAAGUGUUUAUCAGAAAAAAGACUUUUUUUCUAAGAGGAUAUUUCAUCUUAUUGUAAACAGCAUAUUAACAGCAUGACUGUUUUUUAUUGUACUGAAAAAAUACAAUAACCUCCAAUUGAAUUGUCCCUCAUGGCUGGCUACGUUCUCUUUUUAUAUAUCCAUCCAUCCAUCCAUUUUCUGAGCCGCUUCUCCUCACUAGGGUCGCGGGCGUGCUGGAGCCUAUCCCAGCUGUCAUCGGGCAGGAGGCGGGGUACACCCUGAACUGGUUGCCAGCCAAUCGCAGGGCACAGAAACAAACAACCAUUCGUGCUCACAGUCAUGCCUACGGGCAAUUUAGAGUCUCCAAUUAAUGCAUGUUUUUGGGAUGUGGGAGGAAACCGGAGUGCCCGGAGAAAACCCACGCAGGCACGGGGAGAACAUGCAAACUCCACACAGGCGGGGCCGGGGAUUGAACCCAGGUCCUCAGAACUGUGAGGCUGACGCUCUAACCAGUCGGCCACCGUGCCGCUCUUUUUAUAUAUAUAUAUAAAAACAUGUUUUACAAGUCUUUCCAUUAUCUAACAGCUACAGGAGAUAAGAAUAAAACGUCCUGUGAUGAGUGAAUUACAGAAAAAUAUUGUCGUAUGAUUAAUGACUUCCCACCGGGGCACAUCCUGCAAAAUGAGGAAAAUGGUGCGUUCUCGUCAGUUUUGGGGGACUGGAUGCAAAAAAAAAAAAAAAAAAAACGAAAGCUCAGGUGUCACUAGGUACGUCCUCUUCCUCCUAACUGCUGUCGUUGAUCUGGUGUCAGCAAAGUAUUAAUGGUGUACUUUUGUAAGAUUAGUAGUUUGCUUGUAAGGCCGUAAAUCAGCGGUUCAGUACGUACCUUGGUUCACAAUCGGGUACAGCGAGGGAACAGGAUGCAAAAAUAUUCCACUGCUUAUCUGUUGUGUAAACGGGGACACAUUCGAAGACAAAAAUUAAAUAAAAAUGCAAACUGUUAGCAGUAAAUUCUCCCGAUGAAUGACAGAAGAACAAUAUGACAUGAAAGAAUACAAAAUAUUUCUGCUUAGACAACAGCUUCAAGCACACAUGGAAAUUUGUUGUUGGGAAGAAAUUGAAGGAGGAUAUUCAUCCCUCCUGUUAUGUCACGGGUAAAAUCGACCCCUUGGAAAGUUGAGAAAAGAAUAUUUUGAAAAUGUAAAUAAAUGAAUUAAGCAGGGGGAAACAAACUCUACUUUUUAUUAUAUAUUUGUAAGUUAGUUUUUCAUUUGCAAAUCCCCAUAAUACCUUGCAGCUUAAAUCUUCUCGUUUUAGCAAAGUGCAACAUUGAUAGUUCAUCUUCUUUGUAAGGAAGUACAACAUCAAUAAUAGGAAUUCUUUUUAGAAAAGCGCAACAUCAAUUGUUUGCCUUUUGAGGAACGCGCAUCAACUGUGAAUCUUUUGGUGAGUGCAGCGCCGAUAGUUUGCCUUCUUUUUAGGAAAGUACAGUACACAACAUAUAUAUAUUUUUUCUUCCUAAAACCAAUAAAGCCUGUGGUAACAGGUUGAACAGUCAAAAUGAUUAUGCUAUAAAAUAUAUAUAUAUUUCAUAAUAUAGAAGAGCGUAUAUCUAAACUUUGAUUGGCAGCCAAUAGUCGGCGGGCAUGAAACUUUCAAUCCCUGUCCUCCUGCGUGAGGACCAAAAUGGAGUUAGCCCACUCUAGUUCUCAGUAGCUCAUAUAGCAUAAUCUGUUGAGAUUUAGCUUUAAACACGCUUGCUCCGUUCUUCGUUGUAUUUGAUGCUCUUUUGUUUCUUUCUUUAUUUGUUUUCAACUCACCCAAAUUAUGACACAAAGCUGUGGCCUGUGCGUCAGGCUACGUCACAAGCCCGCCGCAAGGGAAUGCUUGGGGAAGUUUAUUUGAGGAACAGCGCUUUCAUCAUUUCACCCACCACCCCCACCCUCGGGUUCCCCUGACGCGGUGGCCUGCUCGUGUUCUCGGCACCUUCUUUUUGUUUUCUACGCGUUUUAUGUUGAAGUGUAGAUGUGGUUUCCAAGUGGGGCUGCUAAUAAAGGGUGUGUGCUAUCCCCAAACUGCUCCCGGGUCGCUUUUUCAGGGGGUCCAGAGUAAAAAAAAAAAAUGUUGUCAUCUCUUUUAUUGGAACACAAUACACAUUUUCACUCGUGUUUUAUUAUUGUGGCAAAGGAGAAGUGCUCACUAACACCGAUUUGGAACGAUGUUUGAGAAUUGAGAGAGAUACUGUAGUUCUUUUGUGUACAGCGAAAACGGUCUCAGAUGUUUGAGUUCAGCUCCUGAAAAUGGGCGCAAAAACAAAAGUGUUGUAUAUUUUUUGCUCAGCGUGUAUAAGUAACAUGGAGAAAUUACAUUUUUAAAAGUAUAUUUACAAAGUACUUUUUUGCUACUUCUUAAAAAUAAAAAGUGGCAAAACUUC